AUGAUUGUGGUUAUAAAUUGGUUCAAGUCGGAAGACGUGGUUUUGGAAUUCGCAACUCUCAUUUGUAAACUAAUAGCAAAACAACCGUGGACCGUAUGCGAUGGAAUUUCUCAUCAAUUUCGGGACGAGUUUUUCUACGUAUUUCGCAAACUAUCGAAAGAGAGACCGUCUCGAAUUUGUGGACUAUUACUGGAUAGUUGUGCUGAUCCAAAUGACACAACGCAGUCAGGAUGGACGAUCAAUCUGCCACCGAAUUAUACGACGUGUUCUAUGUGGCUUUUUUCAGUAGCUCAUUCGAAUUUCUUUUCGCCGACCCGUAACCUCCGAGUACUACAACUUACUGAUCUGCACAUCGAUUUCGAGUACCGGCCCAGUUCUGAAGCCAACUGUGAUUUGCCGGUUUGCUGUAGGUUCUUGAAGGUUGUAUGUUUAACGCUUGCAAAAGAAACAGCCGGCUACUGGGGUACCGCUGGAAAAUGCGAUAUACCGUAUUGGACAGUCAAAAACAUGCUCGAACACAUAAAUGCGACACAUAAGAUCGACUAUAUCAUGCUUUCCGGAGAUUUUAUCAAUCACUUUGACUGGAUCUACACUGUUGAUGGGCAUGUGACGGCACUUAGAAACGUAAGCGCGCUGAUACGCCACUUCUUUCCCAACACUCCCACGUACUGGUCAAUCGGAAACCAUGAAGGAGUACCAGUAAACAGUUUCGCACCGCAUUUUGUUGAUAAACGAUUCUGGCCAUCAUGGCUGUACGAGGAGUUCUCCGCAAUGAGCGCACCGUGGCUAGAUUCUAAUGCAUCGAAGACUAUGCUCUACCGUGGUUCGUAUUCUGUGAAAAUUGUGAAUGGUCUUCGACUUAUCUCACUGAAUUCGGGUUUUUGUGAAACAACCAACUUUUUCCUGUAUUUAAACCAGAGCGAUCCCGAUGGCACCAUGUCUUGGUUGGUUCUUGAACUUUUCAAGGCUGAGCUAUCGGGUGAGUCUGUUCAUAUACUGUCGCAUAUUCCUCCAGGAGACAGCGAGUGCUUGGAAGGUUGGGCGCGUAACUACUACCGUAUCAUUCAGAGGUUUUCCAACAUCAUUAAAGGGCAGUUUUUCGGUCAUGCCCAUACCGACUACGUUACAGUAUUCUAUGAGGAUAUGCAUAAUAUCUCAUCAAAUCCUAUUGAUGUUUUGUAUGCGGCUCCAAGUACUACCACAUUCGCUGGAAUGAAUCCAGCCUACCGUAUUUAUGAGAUCAACGUGACUGACCACUUUAAAGUGGACAACAUAAUGAAUUAUUUUGCCGAUUUGGAGAAGACCACUGUGGACAGACCGCCGAAUUGGAAGCUUUUGUAUUCGGCUAAAGAUGAGUAUGAUCUCAAUGAUUUGUCUCCUACGAGUUGGAACAACUUAGUGAAUUCUCUAUACAACGAUAGGAAAACUGCCGAGCGUUUUUUCAGGAAUGCAGUUCGUGUAGAGGAUCAUAUGUGCGACGCGACGUGUCAGUGGAAACUCCUCUGUGCCUUAAGAAUGGGUCAUCACAACUCGACGCUUUACUGUCCGGAUAAACGUUUCUCAAAUACCACUGAAAGGAAUGGAUAG